UAUUAAAAGCCCCGAAGCCAGAUAGAAUAGUAAAUGGAAAUGCUGUGCGCUAAUGUUGCUCCCUUGCCCAGCUACACUUACCUCGUCCCAACUUCUCUUCACAUUUUUCCUUGUCGUUCCCAUCACAGACUAAAAUCUAAUUCUGUUUCCCUUCCCAAGUCCCAAACUCACUCCAAAAACAUCUCUUCUCUCCCUCUCCUCACAACAAGCAAUUGCAACCACAAACAGCAAGAUAAUUGCCAUACCACCGAAAGCACAAGCUGCUCAGACCCAAGAUACCGUCAUUCUUUAUUUGCCAUUGACGGUAACUCCAUCACUAACCAAAACCCAAAAGCCCAAAACCAAGAGAAAGAGGUGGAAAAGGAAGAUAAACGGCAUACGCGUAUCAAGAAACCGAAAGGACUUUUCACAAACAUGUGGUGGGUAGAUUUGAAAGCGGCAUUGGGCCAAAGAAUCAACGUUGAAGGGAUUGUUUCUUCGGUGGCAAUGUUGGUCAAAGAGCAGCAUUUAGCUCUUCCGCAUCUAAAAGUGCGAGAUAUAAGGUAUAUUGAUUGGGCAGAGCUGCAUAGGAGAGGUUUUAAGGGGGUUGUAUUUGAUAAGGACAAUACGAUCACAGUGCCUUACACUUUGACACUGUGGGAUCCUCUUGGGUCAUCGAUAGAGCAGUGUAAAUCGGUUUUUGGCAAUGAUCUCGCUGUGUUUAGUAACUCAGCUGGCCUUUAUGAGUAUGAUCAUGAUGGUUCCAAAGCCAGGGCUCUUGAGAAGGCAAUUGGGAUCAAAGUCGUAAGGCACAGGGUCAAGAAACCAGCUGGAACAGCUGAAGAAAUCGAAAAACACUUUGGCUGUAAAUCAUCUGAACUGAUCAUGGUAGGUGAUCGACCCUUCACAGAUGUUGUUUAUGGAAACCGGAAUGGCUUUUUGACUAUAUUAACAGAGCCAUUGAGUCUUGCUGAGGAGCCAUUCAUUGUUAGGCAGGUGAGGGAACUAGAAGUGUCACUUACGAGCUAUUGGUUAAGAAGAGGAUUGAAGCCAAUUAGACACAGUCUACUGACAGAUGCUGAGCAAUGUGUAAAAGAUUUGCCACCUUAGUAAAAGGUUGACAUAUUCAAUAUUACAGUUGUAGCUGCUAAUUGUUUUAAUGAAUACUUGUCUUAUUUAUUUGUUUCUUUAAUUUAUUGUUAUAAAAUUAAGAUUGACAGCCA